AGCAUACAUCAUUGAGGUUAUCGUUGAUUUUCGUGCUAAGCUACCCCACCUUGACGUUUUUCUUACUUGCGCCGCGCUCGUUCCAAUUCCUAGUCCUGGAAGCUGCAGAUCGUAUGUACAGUAAGAUGCGAUCGUCGGUUGCUUUGGUGCCAGUCGAGGCAGGUCCGUUGUAAACCCCCCGCAGGAGAACUCGGAGAGACAGUGUUGCUGCCGUGACGGGUGCGUGAUUUGGCAAAUGAUUGUCUUCGACCCAACCUCGUGUCUCCAUUGAUCGGCAACGUGUGGUUUCCUCGUGGUGAUGUGAAAGGCAACGCAUGCCGGGGUGGAAGCCGUGGAAGCCGGACUAGACUGCUUUGUGGAAGCUGCAAUCGAACCUUGAAGGGACUCAACAAGACGGCAAAGCUCCGAGAGACAACGUAGAAAAAUAUAACAGAAGAGUUGCCAAGGAAGAGGGAAUAUAAGAAGCUUUGCCACCACUCACCUCUCUGAUCAGUAAGAGUAGCCCCUUUGUUGCCUCCAAUCCCACAUAACUCCUCCAAGAUGCGAUCAACUACAGUCUUGAGCGUUGCGAUCUUCGCGGCUUUGGGCCUUGCUGCACCUUCCAAGAAUGGACCUGGAUCUCCUGCGUCCAUCAAGAACCUCAAGGAGAAGGUCAAGAAUGUUGUCCACAUCGUCAUGGAGAACCGCUCCUUUGACAACUUGGUUGGUGGCCAGACCUUCACCAAGGACAUUGACACUCCUGCCAACAACGGCCCCUUCUGCAACAAGGUCAACACUACGGAUCCUCACUCCAAGACCUUCUGCACCCGGCCCAGGGAUUUCGAUUCGAUCAAGGAUGACCCGGAUCACUCUGUCCACGGCAACAACUUCCAGUUAUACGGCACAUUCCACCCGAAUAACGCGGAUGUUGAGUCAGGAAAGCUGAUUGCUAACAACGCGGGCUACCUUGAGCAGCAUCUGCGUUCCCACCCCAAGCUCACUGAUCCGGAUUACGCUGCCAGAGAAGUGAUGGCGUAUUACACUCAGGAUCAGGUGCCUGUCGUUACUGAGCUCUGCAAGGAGUUCGUCACCUUCGACAAGUGGCACUCUUGCGUCCCAGGCCCAACCAACCCCAACCGCAUGUGCAUCCACACCGGUACUUCCGGUGGCCGCGGCACAAACGACAAGACCUUUGACCAGUCAACCAUCACUGAGCGGAGUCUCUUCGAGCAGCUCUCUUCCCAGAACAUCACCUGGAUGAACUACGAUGGCACGAACGGAGCCUUCAACUCUGACGCCAAGUUCUACCAAUGGACCAUUGCCAAUGGCAAGGACAAGACCAAUGUCAGGCCCCUCGAGAGCUUCUUCCAGGACGCCUACCUCGGAAAGCUCCCACAAUACACCUUCAUCAACCCUUCGUGCUGCGGCCUCGACACCAACUCCAUGCACCCUACCGGUCCCAUCUCCACCGGCGAGGUUUUCCUUAAGCAGAUCUACGACGCUGUCCGCGCGUCCCCACAGUGGGACAACAUGCUCCUCGUCAUCACCUUUGACGAGGCCGGUGGUUUCUACGACCACAGCGCCCCACCUAAGGCAGUCCGCCCUGACAACCUGACCUACACUGAGGCUACCCCCGACGGAAGCACAUACACCCUCAACUUCGACCGCUACGGUGGCCGCAUCCCAACCUGGAUCGUUUCCCCUUACCUUGCGAAGGGACACGUUGAGCACGAGGGCGUCAACAGCGCUGGCAAGACUGAGGUCUACAGCGCCACCUCGGUGCUGCGCACCCUUGGUUACCUUUGGGACUUUGAGCCAUUCACUCCCCGUGUUGAGGCAUCCCCAUCGUUUGACCAUCUUUUCCAGAAGAGCAAGAACAAUGCCGCUCCCAAGACGAUGCCUAUCCCCCGCGCGUUCUAG